AUGGAUAGCAAGGAGGUCAAGCAGAAGGAAAGACGGACCCUUUUGGACCUAAUCUUACAGGUUAUAAGAGACAGCCAGCAGCGAGACAAAAGCAUCUCCAGACGUUGCGGCAGUGGACUUUACAAUGCCCCUCAAGACAUGAAGUUCUCCUCCCGUGAAAAGCCUUUCUAUGUUCCUAGGCUGGAUAACAGUAGACUCAUAGAAAUCGUUCCGCGAGAAUUAAACGCAAAAAGCCAAUACAUUCAACAUUUGACCGCAGGACCAGUCAAGUUCUCCCGGGAGUGCAGAACCCACUUCCACAGACUGUACCACAAUACAAGGGACUGUUCCACACCAGCAUUUUACAAAAGAUGUGCAAGAUUACUAACACGGCUAGCGAUGAGUCCGCUCUGCAUGCAGUCAUAG